AUGAAAUACUCGCUUUUUCAGUACGAGGAAGACCUCCCUCGCCUCCCCGUGCCGGCGUUGGCAGAGUCUACCCAGCAAAUUCUCGCCGCUUUGAAACCGCUUCUUUCUGUAGAAGAAUAUUCGGAAAUCCUCGAUGAAGCUGCUCAAUUGAUGUCGAACAAAACAGUCUCGCUCAUCCAGAAACACCUUGUGGCGGCUCUGCAGAACCCAGACGUCACGUGCUAUUUGAACGCCAUCAACGGCGAGAGCUAUCCUGGCAUCUACGGCGACUUGAAAGGUGACAUUCUUCCCAGGAACCCCUUUUUGGUGCUUGAGGAGGAUCCUUACGCCCAGACGAUCAAUCCGCCCAAUCAGGCACAGAGAACGGCGUCUUUGGUGAAUUCGACUUUGAAAUUCAUUGUCAGUUUGCGUAAUGGCACCUUGAAACCCGAUGUGACCCCAAAAUCAGGCACUCCCCUCACGAUGAAGUGCUACAUGAACUUGUUUGGCACGACCAGGGUCCCUGACGAGCUGCAGGAGUACCACCACAUCACCAUUUCCAAGUACAAGCACUUCAACGACUCGCGCCACGUGCUUUUCAUUUGCAACAACCAGUUCUACACUUUGGAGGUGCUUACCAAAUGUGAUGAUGUAACAAAGAACCCAAAGCAUCAGCUCUGGUUCAACGACGCUGAAUUGGCGCCCAUGGUGCAGGCCAUUAUGGACGAUGCUUCUUCGGUGGAUAAAAUCACCGCUGUCAACAAUGGUAUCGGCGCCAUAACCACCCAGACAUAUGGACAGUGGAGAACUGCCAGAAUGGAGUUGAAAAAAUCAAACAAAGAGUACUUAGAGGCCAUUGACAACGCACUCUUUGUGGUGGUGCUUGACUCAAACAGCUCUCCAAAGACGGAUCAGGAAAAGACUCAGGUCAUUUCCCACGGUACCUCUCGAUUGCACGAAGGAACAAGCAUCCAGGUGGGAUCGUGUACUUCACGAUGGUACGAUAAGCUUCAAUUGAUCGUUACUGCCAACGCAGUUGCUGGUGUUGUGUGGGAAUCGUCACUGAUGGAUAGUACUGCGAUCUUGAGAUUCAUCAGUGAUAUUUAUACCGAUUCCAUUUUGAAGCUUGCUAGGAACAUCAACGGUGCCGAAAACACCUUGUUCGACGAGACAGUUCAGUUUGUCUCUGGUAAAGAAAGCGAUGUGAAGCCAAUCGUGAAAGAGCUCCAUUUCAAGAAGACCCCAGAGCUUCAGCACUUGAUUCACCUUUCAGAAACGAGACUUGCAGAUCUCCUCAACCAGCACGAGUAUAAGAGCUUGACAAUGAAGCUCGAUUCUCAUCUUUUGAGCAAACUGGGUCUUCUGCCCGACUCCUUUUUGCAAGUGGGAUUCCAGGUUGCACACUAUGCGUUGUACGGCAAGAUUGCCAACACGUUGGAGCCCAUCACCACACGAAAAUUCCGUGACGCUCGAACCGAGUUAAUUGCUGUUCAAAACGAACAGAUCGAAAACCUCGUUAGGUUGUUCAUCACUUCGGCAGAUAAUGAGAAAAAAUGGACUACCUUUAAGUCUUGUGCCCUUGCUCACACAAAGCAGUAUAGAGAUGCGAUGUUGGGACAUGGCUUCGAGCGUCAUAUCGGCGCGUUGCUCCAAGUUAUGAAAAAGCCUAGUGCUGUUGCCAAUCUCAACGAGAUCAAUAAGAAUGUCGAGGGCUUAGAGCCAAUUCCGCCCGUUGAAGAGAUGGCCAAUACGUAUAUUCCGUUUUUGUCAAAUGAGUCUAUUGAAAGACUCACUGGCGCCGAACUUUUGAUAAGCAAUUGUGGGAACCCAGCGUUGCAUCUUUUUGGAAUCGCCCCUGCUGUUGAGCAAGGCUUCGGUAUUGGCUACAUCAUCCACAGAGAUAAGGUUGUGGUGACGGUGUCGUCGAAGUUCCGGCAAACCGAGCGUUUCCUCAGCACGUUUCGUUCUGUGAUGAAGGAAGUGAAGAACAUCCUUCGUGGAGAAGCAGACUUGUUGGAGGAAAUGGCCGAUACUGAGACCAGAAAGUACGAGCUCAAGCGCCUCAGAAUCGAAAGAGAGUUGAAAAACGUCAACAAGGACUUGCACUCGACCAAGCACCCAAUUGAUCUCCGCAUCGACUCAACCUCGCUGUUGUGGAAACCAGAGUCCCCUGCCAAGGAGGUUCCAAGACCUCAUGAGUCUGGAAGCAAUUCCGACGACAACAAGGACGACGAAUUCAACUAUCUCGGUGGAUACGGUUACUUUGACGUUGACGAGGUUGAGAUUAGGCGUGAGGAGCUCUCUCGCGAGGAAUCUUACUUGAGUAGCACAACAUCCAGCUUGACGUCCAAAUCCGGUUCUCGGGUCACUUCAAGCGGCAAUUUGUACGGAAUGGUGAAGCAACCUCACCACGGAAUACAGCUUCCUCAACAGCCGGAUCUCAGGCAAAAGAUCUCUCUCAACGACCAGAUAAGGGACCGUUUGCAGCCAGACGUGCUGCUGCCUAGUCUUGACCAGGUGAUGACGCAGGGCGAAUACUUCCAGCCACAGCAGCAGCAGCAGCUGAGAAGGAAGAACCAGAUUGGGCGCGAGGUGCCCAUGUCGCGUCUCUGA